AUGGCGAAAACCAUUGAAGUUAUCAGGAAGAAGGACCCCAAAAAGAAGAAUCAAUCCGAUCCAUUGGCGAAACAAAAACUUAUUUGGAAAAUUGGGCACGCUUUGACCUUGGUUUUUGGUUUAUUAUUUUCCAUCACGUAUUUCUACCAUGUCCUAAUCUUCUUCAAAUAUCGUUCCUGGAAGUGGUUGUUCUUGAGAGUCAAUAAAAACUACUCGUUUAUUCAAAGUAAGAGAUGGUACAUGAAAUUAUUGAGUUGGGGCCCACAGAUAAUGUAUCGUUUGUCAUUAAUUGGUGUAUUUAUGUCUGAGUCCGUUACAAUGCAACAGAACUGGGUCGGGCUUAACCCUACCUGGAAUGAUUUGUUGUCUUCUGAGAACUUCCAUACACUUUUGAUUGCUUGUUUGUGGUUUUUUGGUGGUGGCAAGUCUUUUUACAAGAUUUUACCAUACAUGAUUUUAAGUUAUCUACAUUUAACUAAAAUGAACUACGAAUUGAAUGCUGACAAAGAAGAAAGGAUCCCUUUAACACCUAGAGACAAAAAAAUGCUACACUUGCUUGCCUAUUCUGAAUUGUUUGUUAUCUUGGCGUUAACUCUGGACACUGUAUUGUUCAAGACAGGAACAUCCGGAUUUAUGUUAGUCAUUUAUGUUGGUAUUUAUUGGUUGCGGCUGAACUUCUCACCGUAUGCCCAAGUGGCUGUUUUGGAGUUACUUGUCAAGUCUGAAAAAUACGUUCCCAAAAAAUAUAGAGGCAAAUGGCAAGUUAUAAAGAACUUUGUUUAUAUGAAAAUGAAAGAGCACGGAAAGAGAACAGAAGAAGUUGCCAGAUACGCUUAA